UUAAGUGUAUAAUCUAUGCUUGGUGCUUGUGCUUACGUUCAAAAUGGAUAUCGACGCUUGAAAGGCAAACAUGACUAAGCGACAAUAACUGCUUUGUACAUUAAUGAUAGGCAAUAACCAUAUUCGAUGCGCAAAAAAAAUAUAUUUCUAGGUCUAUUAAAAUAAUUUCAAUCCUACAGCUACUAGCUAGAUUCUACUACAGCUAGAUUCGUUAAAAUAGAUUUUGUUUUCAGGUAUUUCAACUUUAAAUUAGUCUACUGUAAAUUUCACGCAUUGUCGCUUAGUCACGUUUGCCUUUCAAGCGUCGAUAUGUUUUGAUUUUUCUUCCCACUUGACAUUGGCGAAAUCUAAAAGGAAACGCAAUAAACCUAAGAGAUAGAUAGAUAGAUUUUUCUUCGAUUUAUUUUACUGGCUUUGUUUUAUGGAUUUUAUCCUCCUUUCAACGACGACUUUGGCUCAGGAGUAAAGGAUCGCAGCUACAUUCGAUUAAGGAUACCGAUCAAUAACGUUUCAUACUACGACUGAAAAACAUUGGGUGAAUUGUGGUUUUAACCUGACCGAGAUUCAAAACCGUGUAUAUACCCUCCUGUGCUAUUUUUAGAUGAUUUACUAAUUGUGUAUGAAGAUGAAGAAAAUAUAGAUAUUUAAAGAAGCAUGUGUUUUUAUACCCUAACUACAAUUGGAUAAAAAUACAUUAGACUCGCGGCGCCACCCCGAAGUCGCCCGAUCGAUGAGUUGUCGAGGAGUUCAUCGACGACCAACGACGCCGGUCUCUGCGGUACAGCGGCCCGUCAGGUAGCCUGGGCGAUGCCUACUGGUGCUCAGGGAAACCACGUUGGGUCUGAAAUAGCCUGCCCGGUCGAAACUCGAUACCCCGCCGACCGGGUUGCUCUUCCACAUUACCUCCGGCGAUGACAGCGAUGACGGCAACGAGGACUGCUGUACACCGGGUUCCUGCAAGCACAUUCUCCUGUGUGGUGUAUAAAACGAUUUCAUAGGUUUUCACAAUUUAUAGUUGCAUUAAGAAUGUCGCUGUAUUACAGACUAUCGUGAACUUGGCCAUCUACCUAGUGUAAGAAAAUAUAAAAAUGGUUAUUUAAAUUACAACUUCAGUUCAUUAUAACAAAAUGACUAGAAAUUUAUUUUGAAUAUGUAUUAUUAUUUUUAAAAUAAAUGCGUCUUGACUGUGUACACUCAACGUUAGCUUACAGUAUCAUUGCGCAGGUGCUGACUAUAUAAGUAGGACUCAUCACAGUCGUUAUCUAAAGGGCGUUAUAGUAACAUUCGUUAUUGUGAUAUUUUAUAUAAAGCCCACAAUAUGAUAGAACAACAAAUGUCAAUAUUAAGAAAGAUUCGAUUUUAUCAGUUCCUGGAGAGACAUUAUUAUUGGGUAGAUGUAACCCAUAUAGAGAGUCCCGAUGAAUUCUAUGUGCGUCCUGUUGCAUUCCGUAACGAUUUACGAUUCCUGCAAGCACCUCGGGAACUGAUAAAGGUAUGUGAGUUGCAAAUCGGGCGCAUCGUGUCUUACAAGUCAGAAGUUGUGCAAUGCUUCGUUCGUGGUCAACUUAUUCUCAUCCAAAUGAUACCAUCUGGGGUAGGGCACGAAAUUGUGUGCGAUCUAUUUGCUAUGGAUUAUGGCUUCAUUGAUAAGCAGAUACCGAUUUGGAAAAUAUUCAAGAUUCGUAAGUAUGCCAAUCUUCCAGCACUCAGUACCAAAUGCAGUCUUGCAAAUUAUGUGCUAAAACCUUCACCAGCAGAAACGAAAAAUGAUACGCUCAUAAUGCGGCAGGCUCUUGGCGUGAAACGUGCAAAGAUGAGAGUAUGCGCGAAGUAUGGAAACACUAUUCUGGUCGACUUGAAUGAAGGCACUCCGAACGAUGUUUCAAUCUCCAUUGUGCAGAUGAACAACCCUCCCAGCAAAUAUAUGGUAGAGUUGGACGAAGAAGUCAAUGAGGUAGCACGUCGCCAGCUCCGCUACAUUCGCUGUCACGUCGGUGAUGUCUUGCAUGUGAUUAUGCGAUACGUCAGCACGCCUUAUCGCUUUUUCGUUAGCGAUAUUAGGACAUACCGUGCAUACAUAGCAAGCCGACCCGAUUUCUCUUACUAUUGCCAGUAUCAGCAACCAUUGACCCUCGACAAAGUUCAUCCAGGCCUCUGUGUCGCUAUUGAGCUACCAGAUGAAAUAUAUGAGAGAGCAAUUGUUUUAACCGUUGACAAAAAAGAAAAAAAAAUACUUGUCAACAAAAUUGAUUUUGGUGAGGUUAUAGAAACCACAAUCGACAAGCUGAAACCUGUUAAAGAACAAGUAUUCAACCACAUGCCCGCAUUGGCUAUGUGCUGUUCCAGUAGCUUGGCCGCCCCUUAUGCUUAUGAAUUGAUGAAAGAGCUUGAGAAGAAACCCGAAUUUAUGAUUCGAUUCACUAGCAUUGGAUGUACCUUUGAGACUCCCAGCCUGGUGGACAUUAUUCCAAUAAUUGAGUAAACUUAAAGAUUUUUAGAAUUUCUCUCCCAUAAUGCAUUGGAUCUAUACACUUUAAUUACAUUGUUGUGUUAAUACGUAUAAUCGAUGUGUCGUAUCUUUCUAAAUGUACUUUCUUACAUAUAUUUCCCUAUUAUUAUUAAAUUUUAUUAAUUUUGUUAAAAUGGAAUGCUAAGAAUGGAACAACAAGGGAUUGUCAGACGUCCACGUAUUUUUAUGACUUACAACGGUACAUUUAUCUAUAUACUCGUAUGUACCUACUUUAUAUAAAUAGACUUCACAACGUGUUUAACAUUGGGUAAAUUUUUAAAUUUAAAAGGUUCGUUUUAUAUGUGAACGAUAACAUUAAAAACUAAGACCGCUAUUUUAGAGCCACUGACAUUUUUGUCACACUUAAGCGUAAUAUGAUUACAUAAUUAGCAUAGUCUCGAAAUUUGACAGGGUCUCUUUGAGAAUUCCUUGCAAGACUGAAUUAGGAAAACUUAACUUUAUCGUGCUUACAACAAUAAAAUUAAGUUCGGACAGGUGCGAUUUUAUGAUGGAUGUAGGAAAGGUAUUAUACCGUUUGUUUACGUACAAUUUUGAAUUGUAAUAUUUGUACUCUUUUUACUGAUAUUGUUUAGUUAUACUAUACACCUAAUUAAGUACGUUUUGCUACAAUACUAUAUAUUUCCAUCGAUGUUUCUUGCCUAACUGUUGUUUAGCUCUAUCGAUAUGCGAUUAUUGUACGUCGUUUUAAAUGCGUGUACACGUUUAAUAGAUGUUGUUUUUUUAAAAUAUCUGGGUGUUAGAAAGUAAUUCAGUAUUCAUAUGUAGUUAAGUCAUUUAAAUGUAUUAAGUCAUAUAAUAUUCUUGGUGUCAAAACGUUUUAAUGAACUUUUAUUAUAAAUUAUUGAAAAGAACCCUCAGACACAGCCCACUGAGUUUCUCGCCGGAUCUUCUCAGUGGGUCGCGUUUCCGAUCCGGUGGUAGAUUCUGCGAAGCACGGCUCUUGCUAGGGUUCGUGUUAGCAACGUCUUCAGGUUUGAGCCCCGUGAGCUCACCUACUAGUUAAGGCGACGCUGAUAUAGCCUCUCAAGGCUAUCAUCAUAAGUAGGAAAAAAAAUAUUGAAAAGAUGUGGUUAAAUGCAUGUGAGUAACAUCGUUUAUUGGUAGAUUAUAGAAUAAAAACAUCAAUUGAAUUUUUUUAAUACGUAUAGAAUUAAUCGAUCGCGUUUCGUGUUCUUCGACGCACAAUCUAACUUAAUAAAUACUCAUUGAAUAUUUAUAUCGAAAUAA